AUGCUUUUGGCGCCGCCUCUUGACCUCGCCUUGGAGCUACGACGCGAUGCCUUGGACGCGGACUGGCUCGAGGCCGAGCUGGAGCCAUCGCCCGUCUGCUUUGCCACAAAGGCCCUCUUUGUCUUCAACCAAGCCGCAGAGACGAGAACGCGCAAGAUGCACCGCUGGCCGUAUGGCUGGAAAGGCUCCGCGAGCCUCAGCGCGCGCGCCACGCGCCACGUCUUUCGGGCCUACGCCGUUGCUCUGCAUCAGGCGGAAUCCAGCGUCGGUGUCGAUGUGAUCGCUGUCAUCGUCGGUAUGGCACAGUCGCGUUCGUUCCAGAUCGAAUCCCAUCGCAGCAAGAAGGCAGCGACGUACUAG